UGCAAUUACAAACGGUGUGGAGGAUUUCUCCUUCUUUCUGAGAGAGAUUAGAUCUGCAAGAGCAUCUGUCGAUCUACAGCAGCAGCAGGAGAAAAAAGAGCCAUGGCGUCUUCUCCAGACUAUCUGUUCGGUCUCCGAAACAACUUCUAUCUGGGAGCCUACCAAGCAGCUAUAAACUGCAGCGACGUACCCGAUCUCUCCCAAGAAUGUGCAAUCGAGAGAGACUCUCUUGUCUACCGCUCUUACAUCGCCCUCGGCUCCUACCAGCUUGUGAUUAAUGAGAUCGAUUCAUCGGCCCCCACGGCGCUUCAAGCGGUGAAAUUGCUUGCGAUGUAUCUCUCUGGCCCUGGAAACAAGGAAGCUGCAAUUGCAAGUCUCCAGGAGUGGUUAAGUGAUGCAGCCAUCGGAAACAAUCCUGUUCUACGACUAAUUGCAGGGAUCAUAUAUAUGCACGAGCAGGACUACAAUGAGGCUUUGAAGCAUACCCACUCUGCAGGAACUAUGGAGCUGCGUGCACUGAAUGUUCAAAUCUACCUCAAAAUGCACAGGUCGGAUCAUGCAGAGAGAGAGCUAAAGCACAUGCAACAAUCUGACGAAGACCACACACUAACCCAACUUGCAAAUGCUUGGAUAAACCUCGCAGUGGGUGGUUCAAAGAUACAAGAAGCAUAUCUUAUUUUCCAAGAUUUCUCUGACAAGUAUAAUACGCAGACAGGGAUUAUCCUGAAUGGAAAGGCCGUUUGCUGCAUGCACAUGGGUCACUUUGAUGAAGCUGAAUCCCUGCUGCUUGAAGCACUGAACAAGGAUGCCAAGGAUGCUGAAACUUUAGCCAACCUAAUUGUAUGCAGUCUUCAUGUUGGCAAAUCGUCAUCUCGUUUCUUCAGCCAGUUGAAGUUGUCACAUCCUGAACACAUACUCGUGAAACGCUCGGCUGCUGCCGAAGAUAGCUUUGACAGAGCUGUUCGAAGCGUCGCAUGAAGACAGUUGGAGUCGGGGGUUUUGCUGCAGAAAAGCAUGAGAGAUUCCUGCUAUUUGUUAUUUGAUAGUCGGUACAUUCUUUUCUCCUUAUUGGUGUUUGUAUCAUUUGGAGCUUGUUAGUGUACUGGACCUGACGUGAGAAAUGAGUUUAGGGACCUGAAUCCCCAACUAGUUUUGCGUAAAUUCUGUUUUCUAUCACUUCCUGUAGGGUGGGGAGUUGUUCCUACGGAAAUAUAGCUUGAUGGA